CUUGUUUUCUCCCGCUGAAGGUCGCUUGUACGAGGGCCGAACGCGAUGCAGCCCACUGUGCUCCUCGCAUUUUUGCUUUCUGCAGGUAUUGCUGCUGCGCGAGAGCCAUCCCGACUGCAGCAACGAGUUUUGCCUCAAACUGACGCCGCUGCCGCCAGCGGAUUCUCUGGCAACAUCUCUGCAUGCCCAGGCUACACUCUGCAAAAUCUGGCAGAGACUGCUACUGGUCUCACGGCCGACUUAGCGCUCGCUGGUCCUGCGUGUAAUGCUUUUGGACACGAUCUCGCUAAUUUGACCCUUGAAGUCACUUAUGACUCUGAGACUCGGCUGCACGUCAAUGUUUACGACACCGCGCGGUCACAGUUCACCGUGCCUUCGUCUGUCAUCGCGCUUCCACCAGCACCGACUAGCUCGAACAAGAAUAGCUCAGACCUCGUGUUCAACUACGAAUCUUCGCCAUUUGCAUUCUGGAUUACUCGCCGCUCUUCCCCCGCGGACGCGCCUUUGUUCGACACUCGUAUCUCGUCGCUGCCUCCGACGCCUAUCCCGCCUCUGAACGCUUCCGACCAGUCGACUGCGCUCGACGGGUUCCCGUUGGUAUUUGAAGAUUCGUACCUACAGCUCGCGUCUGCGCUUCCGAAGGGCACAAAUAUCUACGGUUUAGGCGAGGUUGUUGCAAGCAGCGGCUUCCGACGCGAUGUAGGCGACAAUGGUGGAUUUGGCACUCUCCAGACGUUCUGGAACAGAGAUAAACAAGAUCCGCUAGACCAGAAUGUGUAUGGUUCGCAUCCCAUUUACCUGGAGCACCGCUUCGAUGAACAGACGAACACGUCCAAGUCUCAUGGCGUCUUUCUCUUCAGCGCGGCGCCCGCGGAUAUCUUCCUCGUCACACCGGCCUCUUCAAACGUCUCGCUCAUCGAAUACCGUCUCGUUGGUGGAAUUCUUGACAUGUACUUCUUCUCGGGUCCCACGUCACAGAAGGUCGUCGAGCAGUACACGGACGUGAUUGGCAAGCCGACAUGGCAGCCUGCUUGGGGCCUUGGUUUCCACCUCUGUCGGUGGGGGUUCAAGAACAUCAGCGAAACAAUGGACGCUGUCAAGGGUAUGAAGGAUGCAAAUGUCCCGCUCGAAGUAAUGUGGAACGACAUCGACCUGUACCACGCAUUCAGGGACUUCACUGCAGAUCCCGUAUCGUUCCCGCCCGAUGAGAUGCGGACAUUCAUCCAAGAGCUGGCCCAAAAUAAUCAGCACUACAUCCCAAUCGUUGACGCUGCCAUCGCACACCAAGGAAAUGCAAGCGAUCUCUACGCUCCGUACCUUCGCGGUGCCGAACUAGAUGCCUUCGUCAAGAACCCGGAUGGCUCAGAGUACAUCGGCCAGGUCUGGCCAGGAUACACCGUCUUCCCCGACUGGUUCGGUCCCAACACCCAGCAGCUCUGGACCGAGGCACUUUCAAACUGGAGUGCACUGGGUAUCGAAUUCAGCGGCAUCUGGCUUGAUAUGAACGAGAUCUCGAGUUUCUGCAACGGCAGUUGUGGAACCGGACAGGACUGGAGUAACACUACGCUGUCGUUUCUACUUCCUGGCGACCCCGGAAUGGAGAUCACGGAUUGGCCGGAAGGAUAUAACUCAACUAUCUCUGGCACGAGUGGAAACAUCACUGUCAACGGCACGUUGACGUACGGUGCUGGGGCCGACAUCGAUCCUAGUCAAGGGCUGAUCGGAAAGCGAGGCCUCGGCUCUGCACAAGACCAUAUGAACCUCAGCGAUCCGCCAUACGCCGUCCACAAUGGAAACGGUCCUUUGUACGUCAGCACGCUUGCCACUAAUGCGACGCACGCUGGAGGGUACGUCGAGCUCGACACGCACAACCUUUGGGGGAUGAUGGAGUCUCAUGCAACCCACGCCGCGCUCUCCUCGAUCCAUCCGGGGAAGCGCCCCUUCAUCAUUGCGCGGAGCACCUUCCCGUCGUCGGGCAAGUGGACUGGGCACUGGCUCGGUGACAACUACAGCAAGUGGGCGUACAUGCGCGCGAGUCUUCCCGGCGUGCUUCAGUUCCAGCUGUUCGGCAUCCCAAUGGUUGGUGCGGACGUGUGCGGCUUCCAAGGGAACACGGACGAGGAGCUCUGCAGCCGCUGGAUGAUGCUCGGCGCGUUCCUGCCGUUCUUCAGGAACCACAACCAGAGAGGUGCCCUCAGCCAGGAACCGUUCCGGUGGGAUAGCGUGGCAAAUGCCAGUCGGACCGCCAUUGGGAUCAGGUACUCACUUCUGCCGUAUUGGUACACUUUGUUCGCGAAUUCGUCGCAGCAUGGCACCCCGACCGUGAGGGCACUAUUCUUCGAGUUCCCAGACGAGCCCGAGCUGUUCGCCUUGGACACCCAGUUCAUGGUCGGACGUGAUCUGCUCGUCACGCCCGUGCUCACGCCGAACGUUUCUACGGUAGAUGGUAUAUUCCCAGGCCGAGGCCGUACCAUCUGGCGCGACUGGUACACCCACGAAGUUGUCAAUGCCAGCGUCGGUGCCAAUACGACUCUGUCCGCGCCGCUCGGCCACAUCCCCGUGCACAUCCGCGACGGCUCCGCGAUUCUCCUUCACGCAAAGACCGGAUACACCAUUGCCGAGACCCGCACGUCCCCCUACGCCCUGCUCAUAUCGCAGGCCUCAGACGGAUACGCCUUCGGGUCGGCGUACAUGGACGACGGCGAGAGCCUGCCGCCGACGCCGAACCGCUCUGUCCAGUUCCACGCCAUUCGCGGCGAGCUCAAGAUCGAGAACUCGGGGACGUACGAGGUGGAGCCCAAGCUGGAGAGUGUAACGGUGCUGGGGACGCAGAAGCCUACUGCGGUCUCAGUGAGUGGUACGAUGCUGCCUGCGGAGAGCUGGACGUACGACGAGUCUAAGAUGGAGCUCGUUGUUAACGAACUGGAAGUCGAUCUGAACGAGGCUACUACGAUCCAGUGGCAGUAAUUAACACACCCCAUAGCGCUAGUAUCCCCAGGCGUGAAUGUUACUUCAUUGCAGGUGUCAAAUCAUUUAUCAUUGGAGAUGAUUCUACUUGUAUCUACUUGUACCAACCGGCGUCUUGGCUUGAAGCGCUUCGCACGGAC